AUGGUCGCUCGUCGCCGUCCACGCAGCUGGCGCUACAUCGUGGAAUGUCUGCGAGACCCUCCUCGCAGCGACUUCGCCUUCGUGCCUCACCAGUACAUCUCGGCGCCGGUGGAGCUCUCAGACUCGUCUGAACACAGCGAUGAGAGCACCCCCAUCAACUCCAGGCCUAAGUAUCGCCAGAAGCGACUAGCGCGUCAGCGGAACUCCUUCUUCGCGCUGCAUGUAGCAGCCAUGGGAGCAGCAGGUGUGGCAUGCGCGUGGCUGGCCAUGUUCCCUAUUGCCCCUGGACGUCUCUAUAACAUGCAGGUGGACGUAUUUCGAGCCAAUCACGAGCACGCCGAGUUCUUCUUCCGCUCCUGUUUGUAUCUGGGCAUUGUGCUCGGAGCAGCAGGCGCUGGCUAUUGUGGAGAUCGCCUGGGACGAGCUGGCACGUUGGAACUGGCUGCCAUCCCGUUUAUUGUGGGCUGGGUGCUGGUUGGAGUUGCAUAUGGAGAGCUCACAGUACUAAUCGGAAGGUACUUGCUUGGAACAGCGGCUGGAAUCAUCUACGUGGUCGUUCCGGUGUAUCUGGCGGAGGUGAGCGCUGCGCACACUCGUGGACGAGUGAUAUGUGCGCAGAUAUUCCUUUCGGCAGUGGGAGGGAUCCUCUACUUGGCGCUUGGAGCGCUGUUCAUGUUCUUGAGUCGACAGUAUAUUGGCUUCAACCUCAGUGAGUGGAAGGUGUUGGCAUUGUCCGGCGUCGCUCCUGCGCUGCUGCUGCUGCUGUUCGCGCAAAAACUCCCGGAUUCGCCUACGUGGCUCAUCGCUCGCCACGACGACCGGGAAGCUGCAUUCGAAGUGUUGUACAAACUGUUUAACCGCGACGAUCGCAUCGCCGAAGACGAGACCAACUCUAUUAUCCAUGCUAAGGUACUGGCAGCGACCGAUCGAGGUCACCACGGUGCAUUCUUCCGUCCUGUACUCCUGUGCGCUACGCUCUAUACUUUACGUGCUAUCAGUGCAUUCCUCCUUGAACCAGCAAUCACGUCCAGACUCGCUAAAGAUAGCAGUCGAGGUGUUGGGGGAAGACACGCCAACGUCUCGUUCGUCCUUUCGAUCUUCGGAGUUGCAGUUGAAGGCGCUGAAGGUGGACUGAUAGCGAUGACUAUGACUGUUGCCGUGGCUGCUGCGACGGGCAUCGUCGCAUGCUUCUACUUCGUGGAUACCAGAGGAAGACCUGCCACACUACAGUGUGGCUGCUACUUGGUGGCAUUGGCUUGUGCUUUUCUGCUGGUCUCAAUUUACAGAAAUGUCCAUUGGGAAGAAGACAGCGGCGUGGCAUUGAGUGAUUCUGGUUGGGCUGCUAUGUUAUUGAUCAAUGCCGGGCAUCAGCUGGGCCUGGGUGUUGUGCCUGUGAUCAUGGUCAGUGAACUUUUCGCCGUGAAGCAGCGUAUGGGCGCUGUAAGCCUCGUGGUGAUCUGCGAGGCGAUUGUAAAUAUCGGCCUUGCGCACGCACUUACAGCGUUGCGCGAGCACAUGCCGACACCAGUUUCUGUAUCUUGUCUUUGCGUCGGUAUCGUCAUGGUGUGUAACAUCGCCGGCGUUGUCUUGAGCUAUUGGUACAUUCCCGAGACUAGUCGACGCAGUCUACAAGACAUUGAAGCCAUUUUGUGUGGAUGGCAACCUGCCACUCCUCGCCGCAGCACUUCUUCAAAUGUGCGACUAGAAUAUGGCAGCAGCGACUAA